GCCCGGGUCCUGGAGCAGGAGACUGCGCUGCUUUUGAAAAUGUUACCGCCUUCUCACCGGAGUUACCUCGGACACCACAGCAGGGUCGCGUUGUUUCACCUUCUGUGCAGUAUUACAGGUGUGUGGGGCAGUCAGGUGGUGGUGCCUCAGAGGGUGAACGCUGUGCUGGGCAAGAAUGUGACAUUAGAGUGCAGGGUGGAGGUGGGCGCAAACCUCACUCUUACUCAGAGUUCCUGGGAGCGCCGGCUGCCUUCAGGGUCAGUCACAGUGGCUGUCUACAACCCGCUGUUCGGCAUCUCCAUCCCUCCAGAGUUUAUCCACCGCCUGUAUUUUCGCUCGCCCUCCUCCCAUGAUGCCACCAUCAUACUGGAAAACGUGGGCUUUUCUGACGUCGGGAUCUAUACCUGUAAGGUUGCCACAUUUCCUCUGGGAAACACUCAAGCCGCCACUACUGUCAAUGUACUUGUGGAGCCGAAGGUCUACGUGUCUGCGGGUUCAACUGCCCUGAUCGACGGUGGCAACGAUACUGUGGUGGCCACCUGCAUUGCUGAGCGGGCGCGGCCUCCUGCUGAGGUGUCCUGGGAGUCCAACCUUUUUGGUCAGUCAGAAGUGCAACUGUUUGACGAAGUCAACGGCACGACCAGCACUCAAGUGCGCUACCUCUGGCAGCCCACGCGUCACAUCCAGGGCCACACGCUGACCUGUGUGGUCCGCCACCCGGCUCUGCAGAGCGACUUCAGGAUCCCCUACCAACUCAAUGUGCAGUUUGCUCCUGACAUCUCAGUUGUGGGCUAUGAUGGAGACUGGCACGUGGGCCGGGAGAAUGUUCAAAUGACUUGCAAAGCGAACGCAAACCCACCGGCUCAUCACUUCAGAUGGAUCAGAUUGGACAGUGAAAUGCCAGAAGGGGUGGAAAUAAUGAACAGCACUUUGCUCUUCCUGCGUCCCCUCCAGCGGAAUGACUCUGGAGUUUACAGGUGUGAGGUUGCCAAUGACAUCAACCUCCGCAGUCGGGAUGUGCGCAUUCUCAUACAAGAUCCUCCCACCAUGCCUUCCACCAUUACUGCUCCUGUCCUAACUGGUUCUGACUCCUCCACCUUAGUGGAUGAAAGGGGGAAUGUCCUCAGCUCCCCCACACUCGAAGCCCUACCUGAGAGUAAUCUUGGUUCCAUAGUGGGUGGGGCUGUGGGUGGGGCCUUGUUCCUGCUACUGCUGCUGACUGUGGUUGGCGUGUGUUACCUACGAAAGCAGCAGACCCUCCACGGGAACUACUACACCAAGCAGUACCUGGGCCCCAAUGACCUCCAGAAAGCCCCCACACAACACGAGCUCCACCCUACCAAAGCUGGCAGCAGCUCCCACCAUCAGGACCACGACCGAGAGGAGUGGGGCGACCGCCAGCUCAAAAACGAGCGUGACCGUCGUCACCAUAGCAACUACAAUGGAGAGGAGUAUCCCUCUAAUGGCUACACCAGGGCAAUGAGGGAGAGCAGUCACCACAGCCAUCAGCAGAAUCACCACCGUGAACACACACAGUAUUCUAGUCCACGGCAGGCCAGAUGUGCCAGAUACCCUCAUUCACCUAAACCACAGGGAAACGGCUCCCCCUACAUGUCGGAUGACUGCUACGAUAGCGGGCCCGAGGACCAGUCUCAAGCAGAGAGGUCAAACUCCAUCGCCGUGGCCGGAGCAGUUAUGGGCGCAGUCCUCGCUCUCUUCCUCAUCGCUGUCUUCAUCAUCGUGAUCCUCACUGCUCGCAAGGCCCCGCCACCAGCCUACGCCGACAAAGUGAUUGACCUUCCUCCGACACACAAGCCUCCUCCCCCCUACUGCGGGAGAGCACCGGCUGUUCCUCUGGGUGUCCACGCAUCACAAGUGGCCUGGCUCUGUCAGAGUCGCAGGGCGGAGCGCAGGUACGAGCUGACUGACGGGCAGCACCCACCCACGGCAAGGCCAGGACCACCGGCAGCACAAAGCCCCACCCAGCAGCUGUCUCGCCUGGAGUGGGUGUGUCAUCAGAGCGGGACAGACCGGGUGUACAUCAACCACCGGGAACACUAUGUGUGA